AAGCUAAUAACUUGUGAAGGAAAAGAAGCAGAACUUGAAAUGAAUUCUUUUUGGCUACGAUUUCGUCGAUGUGAAGUUAAAGAUAUGUAAGAAGCCAAUUUACUCGCUCGAGAAGAAAUCAAGUGUCAAAUAUCGUCAAAGCUACCCUUUAUUUUGCUAACUACAUGCAUAAAAACUCCCUCCUAGACCGUUUGACUGYUUGAMAAGUACUCCAGAACUAAUUUAAAGAUGUGAUUAAACAUUUAGAGCUGAUAAACACUGCUAUUUCACUCGAAAGUAUUUUUUAAGAAUCUCAUCGCAAAUAUUUACUGGAAAUUUUGAUCGAGGACAAUGUUAAAUAUAAGGGUAUUUAAGGAUGGAUGUCAUGGAAGAUUGUCAUUUGUAGUAAAAAUGGUGAAGCAACUGCAUGGCACUUGUGGAAUACGUAGUGUGUCUACGGAAUGGCAAACAAAAUCUGCCACACUCAGCGAGGAAGACUUGCCUGAGAAAUGCCCUGUGAACUCUCACAAUGAGUGGGACACGUUAGAAGAGGUCAUUGUUGGUCGUGUUGAAGGGGCCGCAGUUCCCCACCUUUCGGCAGAAGUGAAGGCUAAUACGAGCCACAAAACAUGGGAUUUCUUUGACAAGAUGGGUGGCAAGCCUUUUCCGAUGGAACACGCUAAAGUAGCCGCCAUGCAGAUCGACGAACUGUGUAACGUUUUGAAACACGAGGGAGUGAUUGUUAGGAGACCAGAGCCUAUUGACUUCACACAGGUUUACCAGACACCGGACUUCACUUCUAGCGGUCUGUAUUCAGCGAUGCCCAGGGAUAUUCUUCUAGUAGUUGGUGAUGAAAUCAUUGAAAGUCCAAUGGCUUGGCGAAGCAGGUUUUUCGAGUAUAGAGCCUACCGGCCUCUCAUUAAAGAAUACUUCAGACAGGGAGCAAAGUGGACAACUGCACCUAAACCACUCAUGUCGGAUGAACUCUACGACCAGGAAUAUCCUUUGUCAAAAGACGAUCAACGACAACAACUCGCUGCUCAAGGACGUUUUUUUACAACAGAAUUUGARCCGUGCUUUGAUGCUGCCGACUUCAUGAGAGCAGGAAAAGAUAUAUUUGUCCAAAGAAGCCAGGUAACAAAUUACAUGGGUAUAGAAUGGAUGAGGCGACAUCUUGGUGACAAAUACAAUCUUCACAUCUUAUCGUUCAAAGACCCUAGGCCCAUGCAUAUUGAUGCAACCUUCACUAUUAUUGGACCUGGGUUGGUCUUGUCAAACCCUGAACGCCCUUGCCAUCAAAUCGACAUGUUUAACAAAGCUGGCUGGAAAGUGAUUUUUCCACCUUCUCCUCUAAUGCCUGAUGAUCAUCCCUUAUGGCUGGGCUCCAAGUGGUUGUCAAUGAACGUUCUGAUGUUGGAUGAGAAAAGAGUCGUUUGUGAUAAGAAUGAAGUUACCAUUAUGAAGAUGUUUGAGAAGCUUGGCAUAGCUUGCAUUCCCGUUGAUAUACGCUUUGCCAACUCCUUUGGUGGUGGUUUCCAUUGCUGGACCACUGAUAUCCGUCGUCGUGGAACCCUGGARUCUUACUUUUAAUCUUAAUUCAAUUUUCAAUGAUUUCUAUAGCUCCUUUUAAGUUACGCGCUUACUCUUCUUAAUGUAACUAGAUUUGAAAAAAAGACGACUCCAAUUUCAUGUGCCGCAGAAGAAUUUUUCGAGUGUAAUUAUUUCUUAAUUGCACGGUAUCAUGUUACUUAUUGAUAUAUUAUUAAAGAAAAUAAUUAGUAAAUAUUAAGGAUUAAUAAGGGGAUAUAUAUAUUUCUCUCAGAACUUAUCGCUUUUAACCAUAGCAAGUUUGUAAAAUUACCCUUCGCCAAUAAUCAAGUCGAAGAUGAGUUUAAGCUUUAUUAGAUCGAGAAUGAAUUAUACGCAUUUGAAGUUUAUAUAUAUGAUAUCAAAGAGGYAAGAUUUUUCUGUAACUCCGAGUUUCGUGCUACGCACUCAUCAGACAGUAUUUAAGCAUUUGAAGUUUAUAAAUAUUCGUAAUUCAUYUUUGUGGUCAAARAGCUGGGAUCAAAUAAAAUUUUAUGGCAAUCCCAUUGGGAUUCGAAUAUUGAGAAUUAGGUAUUACCUAACCUGGUAACCUCUUCUAUUUACAAACAUUUUUUCCCCGUCAUACAGCCGUUCACGCUACACUAAGUUGUCCAGGUUCGCUUCGCGCUGAAAUGCCGGGCUGCUUUUUCUCUARGAAGCGCAGAUAGUUUACAGUUUCUUAUUCAAAAUUUCUAUAUGAAUAUUAUCACAUUCACGAUCCAUCCCUUAUAUAAGUCUGAGAACUACUGGAUUAUCGUGUGGCYCAGGAAAAUGGACAUGUGUGCAACCAUGACAUUAGAAACCACUUAGAAACAGCUUCGAGUCAAGAAGAAGUCGUAUCAAAAACUAUAAUUAUUUUAUAAUGUGUCACCCACACGCAGAUCUUAAAGUUUAAAAUAAAUGACUGAAUUAAAGUUA